AUGGCGUCGGCUCCGGCGCCGGCGCCGGCGCUGGCGGCUCCGACCCUACCGGUCGAUAUCCUGGAGGACAUAUUCCUCCGCCUCCACGAAGCGGCCGACCUCGCCCGGGCCUCCGCCGUCUGUUCCUCAUUCCGCCGCGCCGCCUGCGACCGCGGCUUUCUCCGUCGCUUCCGCUCCCUCCAUCCUCCGCCGGUCCUCGGAGUACUCGCUUUUGAGAAUCCUGGAGUACUCCUGCACGCCAAGCCGCCGCACCGGUCCGCCCCGGCCGCACGCGCCCUCGCGCAGGCCGCUGACUUCAGCUUCUCCUUCGUCCCCAGGGGCCCCAACUACGGCAACAGGGUCUGGCGCGUCUGGGACGCCCUCGAUGGCCGUGUCCUUCUCUCCAUGAAUCGCUACAGGAACACCGCCUUGGAGGACCUUGUGGUAUGCGACCCCUUGCACCGCCGGUACGUCCAGAUCCCCCCUACCCCCGGAGAACUAGUUGCCUCCAAUCGUUGCCAUGAUGAUGUGGAUUUCGAGCCCUUUCUGGCUCCAGCUUUGAAGGAGGAGGAGAUGCAUGAGUUGUCAUUCCGAGUGAUCUGCAAUGUGCGGUCCAGUUACAAGGUUGUCACCCUAGUCUUCUCUUCGGUCACUGCAAAUUGGCGUGGUGCCACUUCUAUCAGCUUCCUACCCGACAGAUUGGUUGAUAACCCUAGAUCGUUGGUGCGCUACUAUGUGCGUGGCUGCUUCUACUGGACUUGUGCGUCGGUGAAACAUAUGCUUUUGCUUGACCCACGUGAGAUGAAAUUGACGCUGGUUAAGCUCCCACAUAUUGAGCUCCCACGUUUCAAUCAUAAAUUGCCGGUCAUUGUCGAUGCAGGGGAAGAUAAGCUUGGUGUCGUUACUGUUGGUUACAUGAACAACACCUUAGACCUCGAUUGCAAGACUUGGUGGAACAAUGAUGAUGGUAUGGAGGAUUGGCAGCACAAGAUUAUCCCCUUGCCUGAGCUUGGCUAUGAAUGGUACAUCAAGGGCGCAGCUGACAGCUACUUACUAUUGAAAGUCAUUCGAAAAGGGUCCGAGAUCCCAAAACAAGUGUUUUACAUACUGGAGGUCAAAACAUUGUCGUUUGAGAGGCUGCAUGUGUCUGUGUCUGACAUGGGCUUCGGUCCUCCUAGAUUUUUUGCAAGCUUCCCACCACCGCUGUCACUCCCAACUAUAUGA